AGAGAAGACCUCUACAGAUUAGAUAUCGAACACUAUGACGAGCCUACAGAUAUGCCGGACAUAGACAAUUUUGAUUACGGCAAAGACAGAGAAGACGCCAAAAGGCAGUAUGAUUACGAAUCCAAUUACGGUGAUGACAAAAUUGUUGGUGGAAUUGAGGUGGAUAUCAACUUGUACCCGUACCAUGCUGCUUAUGGUUCCAAUUGCGGAGGCGCUAUCAUUGAUAAGUUGUGGGUGGUCACUGCUGGACAUUGUGGCAAGAAACCCUACAUCCGAGUAGGCUCCAAAUAUCUAAAUCAAGGCAAGAAGGUUAUGGUGAAGAAGGGCCACGUCCACCCGCUGUGGUCAGUGAAGAACAAGGAGCAUCCGUUCGACUACGACUUCCAACUCCUGGAGCUGGCUGAACCGCUCAAGUUUGAUGAUAAUGUCCAGCCUAUCAAGGUGGCGCAUAUUGAGGAUAUGGUGAUUGGGAAAGUCAUUACUGUUACUGGUUGGGGGAAUACUGAGGAAAAUGGUCCAUACUCCAACGUCCUCCGAGCAGUAAGAGUCCCGAUAAUAUCCAAACAGCAUUGCCAGAACGUGCCGUUCCCUUACUUCAGAGGCAGCCUCACUCCGAGAAUGUUCUGCGCGGGCUACUCUGAAGGAAAGAAGGAUGCGUGUCAGGGUGAUUCUGGAGGUCCAGCGGUGGCGUAUGAUCGUCUUCUUGGCAUGGUCUCCUUUGGGUACGGCUGCGCGACCCCUGGCUCCUACGGCGUCUACAGCAAGGUGGCCAAAGUCAGGUCUUGGAUCCAAGAGGUCACCGGCUUGGUGUUAAGUUGAUGUUUUGUAUGAAUACAUAAUUUUGAAAUGUUUUGAUUUUCAUUUUAGUCUCUUUUUAAUAUAUUAGGAGAAAUGUAACUUAUUCAUAUUUGUAAUUUUGAGGUCAAUAGAAAAUAAAGGUCUAUUACUAUUCAAACAAAACGUGAUGGCAUCAUUUUAAUUUUGGUUAAUUUUGUAAAGUUGUGUUAAAAUAUUGAAUUUAUGCAUCUGAUUGUACUCAUAGGCGAAACAAAUGUCAGUUCUGAAUAAAUUAUACCACACUUUACUUAAAAAAGGCAUGACAUAAAUUAUGUACAAUAUUUAUCAAAUUCUAUCGAAAUGUACUAUUAUAAUCAAUGACAUGCCUAUUUUACUGUAAGCUGUGCAACCAUGGUUAAUUAUCAAUAAUGACGAUAUGAAUAAAGCAGUAAAACGUAA